AAGAAAAACUGUGUGGACCUAUGUGAUUCGGCUCCGUUGUGUCAGUUUACUCAUUAUCUGGAGUAAAAAUUCGGAUUUCUGUUUGCGUUAGUCGCUGAUAUUUUGGACACGUUGUCGGAGAACAUGACAGAGUCAUUUAUUGCGCGGCGACGUUUCUGAGAGAUUCGUGUGUUAAAAUGACCGUUGUGUUACUCAACCUCGUAAUGUUGAGAUUCGUUUCGUAUUUGGACAGAACCGGUGGUGUAUUGCAAGCCUGACUCAGCUGACCUGUCCAAAAUCAUGGUGGAGAUUUCUGUUAAGAGUGGAGAGGCCUGGGUAUGUGAAACUGCCAGUCAACUGUCCGACAUCCUUGUUUUGGUUCAACUCAAAAAUGAAGGAGAAGAACUGCCGGACUCAGACAUAUCACAUGGCCCAGUUAUGUUGGAGCAGCGGAAGGAAGGGUCACCGUGUGUCCUGACCUUGCGCAGUAGCACUGACUCACCAGCCAUCAUCGGUCGGCUGAUGUUGGUCAGCGAAGCUCGUACAUUAGAAGUCUAUGAUCAACAUGGGGAGUACUGUGGGACGGUGAGGGGGGAAGCAGACACGCAAGUACAUGUGAAAAGGUGUGAAGUACAGACCUCUAGGUCUGAUCGUGGACCAUUCUACAGAAAACAGUUGAUUAUUCCAAGUCCAGUAUCAUCAUGUGACAUCAAACUGCUCUCUUUGGGGGGGCGCAGCAGUGUGCUUGUCCAUCAAAUGACCGUGGGUCUUCUCCCUCCACCCUCAAACCCCCUGGAUCGUCCACCCGGUAUUGACCUGGAGCAGGUCCAAACUAUGGUAGAAGAGAUGGGAGCUAGUCUAUCACCUGGAGCCCAGAACCUUCUGGACAUGAUCCACUUCCAGCAGCAGAACCAGACAUCAACCCUUGGCGGAUUUCUUCCUCUUAUGAUGAGAGGAGGGGUCUUAUCGGCUUUGACACGAGGAGGUGGCUUACCUGCUGACACAAACGUGGAACAAUCUGUUCAAAAUCUGAGAGACCUGGCCACCCUGACACACCACCUUCCUCCGUCUCAGAAUGGAGUGACAUCACCAGCCUCUGACUCUGUCUCUCCACCUGAGGAGCCUCACUCUGACAUCUCAGCAGCUAGCAGUGGAAGCCCCAGCCAGUGGUCAGAGAUAAUGUCACAUUUUGUGAGAGGGUCAGAGGGGGCGGAGCUUCUACAGAGCAUCUGUGGUCAUGUGACGCAACUGCGACUGGGCGAAGCCCAGAACAGUGUCAGGACGGACGGCUCAUGGUCUGAUGUGGUGAUGGAGCGCCGCCUGGAAGAGAUGGAGAAGAGGCUGCGGGACCACAUGGACCGACGUCUGGAUGCUAUAGAGCACAAACUGGAAGUGGCGGUGAAGAAUCUACUGCACAACCAAACUGGUCCAAUGUCAGCAGCUGGAGAAGGAGCCGACAGAACGUCUGAUCAAAAGGCAGAGAUACCAACCUGAUACGGACCCGGAGGCUAUGCGUGUUUCAUCUUGCCUGUGGAAACUAACACCAAUCCAGCUUUGGGAGCUGAUACGGUUAGUUGUUUGGAUCAUGGUUUAUUGAUCCAGAGCUAAAUAGACUUGGCUGAAUAACCUUGUUGUAAGGCUCAGUUGCUGCUUACAGUUCUGGACUGGACCUCUUAUUGUUUUCCUCCAGAAGGUGAUUUAAACAUGUCCUGAAUUGACCCACAUUAACUCGGUUGUUACUGUGCUGUUACAUCUCAUCUAUCACCAGUUCUGGUAUGGUCCAGUUUUCUGGAAAUGUUUGCAAUGAGAUUGUAAAACACAUUUUAACAAGCUAAAGACUAUUUAUCACAAGCUGUCUGUGUUUAGUUUCAUUUUAAUCAUAGAACAUUGUGGAGCUGCCCGACCAGUCAGCAGGAAAGAGUUAGGACUAAUCAGAACCUGAUGUUCAGGUCCGCUUCACUACAGAGGAAUUGCUGAGUCAGCAGAGGAGGAGCCACCACCACAAGCUGCCCGUGGACUUACGAGACUGUAUUAACAAAAAUCCCAAACAAAAAACCCAUUGUAUUAAUAAACUUGAGAAGAAAAUAUGAACACUGAAAUCUAGAGAAAUAAAAAAAGUCAUUAAAAAAAAACAUUCUUUUGAAACUGGAUAAAAUCCCCCUCAUUUUCCAAAUUGAAAAUGGAUUUAAUUUCUAUUUUAAAGUGAAAGCCAGAACAAACAGCAGGAUCUGUCGGUGUGAGCGACACAUAUGUGACGCAAAGUCAUGAGUUGUAGUGCACAUAUCUUUACAAAAAAGUGUUGAAGGCAAGAUUAACAGACUACCCGCGUAAAAACUGAAUCUACAAACUGGUACCGAGCCACAAAUGUGUAUGUGUGUUUAGUCAAGUUCCCUGAUGUCCACACAAAUGUUUAAACAGUUCAUGAUUUGCUAACCAAGAGGUCAAGGGUCGAUUUCCUCAGGUGUGAUGGUCAGGAUCACAUCCUCGUUUCCUCGUCUCACCACCGUCUGUAGCGGCUCUCCUGCUCUGAUGGCAGUGCUUACGUCGUUGGCUGAGGUAAUUCUCUCGCCGUUGAUGCUGAUGAUGACAUCGCUCUCGCGCAGGCCAGCACUGAAGCAGAGACAGUUGUUUGAAUUUACAGACAAACAGCAAGCAAGAAUCAUUGGCGGUUAUAUGAUCCAAGACGUUGACUCACACUUCAGCUGGAGUGUGACUGAUGACCUCUAUCACGUACGCUCCUGAGGUGACAUCGGGAAAAUCUGACUGACGUUCCUUCAGCUCCUUUGCCAGCCUGCAAACGCAUCAUCAGCUGAUGACUUUAUUUGUGCUCCUUCAUAUAUAUAUAUAUAAAUAAGAGAACUUACGAGGGAGUCAGACUCAUCAUCCUCACGCCGAUGUAUUUCCUUUUCAUCGAAGUCUCACCUGUGACGUGAAGAAACACUGGUCAUGUCAUGAGACUGAAAAUAUUUGCACAUAUAUUAUUGAUCUAAUGACAAGCACGGCAGCAUUCGGUAGCGCCAGUGUCAAACUGCAUGGAAGAGAAUGCAUAACAUUCUCAUUCUUAGAAGAGGAGCAAAGUCUUCAACAGUCCAAUUGUGUAUAACAAUGGGUUAUUUAUUGGAUGAUGUUUUGCUCUCAAGAAAGCACUGCUCUCACUGCUAUGGGUUUUAGUCUUGAAAGAAGAAAA